AUGAACUCUCGCCUUGAAGCCAGAUCUGCGCAAACGCGCAAGCGCAUCGAGAAUCACACUUUUGAAGAUGAAGCUGGCGACGAGUAUGAGAGUUCGAAAUUUGGCGGCCAUAGAGAGUACAUGCGUCGGAAGAGAAUCAAGUUGCAGAAUCUGGACUCCGAAAUACGCGCCAGAUCUGAGCAUCCACCCAUCUUCAAAGGCAUCGUGGUUUAUGUUAACGGCUACACCCAACCUUCGCUCAAUGACCUCCAUACCAUGAUCGUCGCUCAUGGUGGCGGCUUUGCGCAGUAUCUCGAUGGCAAGACUUUUGUGACGCACAUCGUCGCAAGUAGUCUUACUCCCAAGAAGGCCGUCGAAUUCAAACGAUAUCGCAUCGUCAAACCUGCCUGGAUUGUCGACAGUAUCGCAGCUGCAAAAUGCCUGCCAUGGGACAACUACCGUGUUGUGGAUGAGGGAGUCGGUCAGAAAGUGCUUGCUUUCAACAAUGGGCAGGUUUCAAGUCAGGUCAACAGACCCAUCAGGGGCUACAAGGACCAGAGUGACAACAGCUGGUACAAUACCCAGCUCAAGGGGCUUCGGACCGACACCUCUGGUCAGUUCUCUUCACCUAAGCCUUCGUUCCUCAAAGGCCCACCACAGGCUUCCAAACCGCCGACAUUGACCCCUGAGUAUGAUGAUAUCAAUGAUUCCGAUUUCGAGGCACUGGGAGGAGAGGGAGACGAUGCUCCGGAACAGCUAGAAUCUGUUCAAGAAGCACAAGAGCCGCUAGAAGACGUCCCGCAGACUCCUCCUCGUACCAGCCCUGUAGAACAGCAUAUCGAGCUAGAUCCGGUGCCCCAUUCUACGUCACCGUAUGGUCAAGACUCUUCUGAUCCAAGCAACGCGAAAGAGACAAGUACACCGGAGACAGGGCCUCCACAGAAUGUUGCUGAACUGACUGCGGAGGAACACAACGCCAUACUUCUUGCCGACCCGCGUCUGCGUAAGUCGACAGUUGUGAAUCCAGAGUUCCUCCAACAAUACUACCGAGAAUCACGUCUGCAUCAUCUGUCAACUUGGAAAGCAGAUCUGAAAUCACAGCUGCAGGCACUCACUGCCGAGAGGUCGGCUUCUCAGAAGACUCGCCAGAAGCGUCCCGUAGGCGCUCGUCGCUAUAUCAUGCACGUCGAUUUUGAUAGCUUCUUCGCUGCUGUUUCGUUGAAGAAGCACCCCCACCUCAAAGACAAACCUUGUGUGGUUGCUCAUGGCACUGGCUCAGCUGGUGGCAACGGGUCUGAGAUCGCCUCUUGCAACUAUCCCGCCAGAGAGUGGAUGAAAAGAGCUCAAGAGUUAUGCCCUGACUUGAAAGUGCUUCCCUACGAUUUCCCAGCAUACGAAGAGUCAAGCAGGCAGUUCUAUUCCGCUAUACUCGAGACAGGGGGUCUGGUGCAGAGCGUCAGUGUCGAUGAAGCGCUCAUCGAUAUCAGCACGCAAUGUAUAGCUGCCGGUGGCACUGAUGGUACAAAGCGAUUUGAGGGCAGUAACUAUCGUGAACAAUUUGAGGCCGACCGAAUUGGUCGAGAACUUCGGGACGAAGUAUUGAAGCGGACUGGAUGCAACGUGUCAGUCGGCAUAGGGGGCAAUAUCCUGCUCGCCAAGAUUGCACUCCGCAAAGCAAAGCCAGCAGGACAAUUCCAGCUCAAACCGGAAGACAUUCUCGAUUUCAUCGGUGCUCUUGAAGUACAAAGCUUACCAGGCGUCGCCUAUAGUAUUGGCGGGAAGCUUGAAGAGAUCGGCGUCAAGUAUGUAAAAGACAUUCGCGAACUCUCGAAAGAGAAGCUAGUCAACACGCUUGGGCCGAAAACAGGAGAGAAGAUCUGGGAGUACAGCCGUGGUAUCGACAGAGCUGAAGUCGGUGAUCAAGUUGUUCGCAAAUCGGUCUCAGCAGAUGUGAACUGGGGCGUGCGCUUCGAGAAUCAAGAGCAGGUUGAUGAGUUCAUGGUCAGCCUUUGCGGAGAGCUGCAAAAACGACUGAUCAAGGAGAAUGUCAAGGGCAAACAGUUGACCGUCAAGGUGAUGCGGCGGUCUCCUGAUGCCCCUCUUGAUCCGCCCAAACACCUCGGACAUGGCAAGUGCGAUACUUACAACAAGAGCAUUCAACUGGGCGUUGCGACCAACGACAGUGCUGUCAUGACGAAGGAGGUCUUGACAGUGAUGCGCAGCUUCGGUUUCAGUUCAGGGGAGCUUCGUGGAAUAGGAAUCCAGAUGACCAAACUCGAAUCAUUGAAAGCCAGCUUGGACGGACGCGCUGACAGCAGUCAACCACGCCUGCAGUUCAAGCCAGCUCAAAACACAAGACCAAAGCCGACUAUUGCUGCUAACACUGAACCAAUCGAAGACCCCAUCACAGAUGACAUCAGGACGCCGAAGAGAAACAAAGUGCGUGAUGUUGGUGGCUCGAGCUACUUGGACAAUAUUGUCAACAAACAAUCUCCUACAAAACGACCCUUGAAUAUCUUCGGUACGCAGUUCGCACUUCCCACUCAAGUCGAUCCGCGGGUACUCGCCGAACUACCGGAAGAGAUCCGAGCGAGACUUAUCAAGCAAUCACGUCCUAACCAGAUUCCUGAUGCACAAGAUGAUGGUCGUAAAGGUCCUGCUUCAGUCAAGAAGCCACCUCGAGGAGCAGCUUCGGCUGCAAUUACUCUUCCUAACCAAUCGCAACUCGAUCCUGAGAUCUUAAACUCACUCCCUGAAGACGUGCGUCGGGAUGUCAUGGCAAUGUAUCAAACCACCACAACAUCUCCACGGAAAGGACACGAUCAAACGAUCCUACCUCAAUCCCCACGCAAGAACCGCAUCAUACCUCCAGUAAAAAAGCUCGGUGGAAGGAAACCUCGUGGUGGAGGACUGUUUGCUCGAGCCAGGGUCAGCGAUGGCAACUCCACACUGACACAAGCAAACUUCGUCGCUCGGGAAACCGACACAGAGGACGUCGACACAGCCGACGAGAUUGAUGAAGACUUCCUCGCUGCCCUACCACCAGAACUCCGCAAAGAAGUUCUAGACGAACGAAGGUCAGCUCAUCUACGCCGCUCAGGCGGUAUCGAAGCCAAUAAACGCACUGGACGCAAUUGGCAAGAAACUCCAGCCAACACGAUUGAACGAUUCUUCCAACUGCCGCCUCGACCACCGAAACCAAGUUUCACAUCUAACAAAUUGACCGAGCUUCCGGACCUGAGAAAGGCGGUGAAAGAGUGGGUUGCAGAGUUCUGGGACGAGGCACCGUAUCAAGAAGAUACUGCGGCUUUGGUCACGUACCUGGUUGCUGUGGUCAAACAGGAGAGAGACGUGGAUAAAGCUGUCAAGGUGGCCAGAUGGCUGAGUUUCGUCAUCGAGCAAGAGGUUUUGGAAUCAGGAGUGGGCGAGGAUGUCAAAGAGGGUUGGGGGCAGGCAUGUAUGGACGUCAAAAAAAGCGUCCAGGAUGCGAUUGUUGCGAGGGGGUUGCCAGAGGUAGACUUCAAUUGA